AUGGGGAAACUUAUGGAUGAAACUGGAGAAAUAGGGAUAAGAUAUUUGGGCGUUGCCCGACAGGCAACAUUUGCUGAUGUGGUUGAUGAGAAUGGCUGGAAGAUUCGAAGCAGAGGUCAUCGGAGUUUCCCGAACACUUAUGAGAAGAUCAACGCGUUCACGUUUCCAACUCCUCAAGCAGGUGCUGAUAUAGCGCUGUGGCGAUAUAACCAGGAUGAGUAUAAAGAGAGUUUCUGUUCAGCUAGUACCUGGAAUCAAUUGCGGAGUAAAAAGGAGAGAGUAACCUGGAGGAAGCUAGUCUGGUUUAGCCAAGCUGUGCCACACCACUCUUUCAUGGCAUGGCUUACUUUUAGGAACCGGUUGUCCACUGGUGAUAGAAUGAGAUUGUGGGGCAUCACGCAGGGCUGCACGUUAUGUGGGGAGGUGAAUGAGACAAGGGAGCAUUUGUAUUUUGCUUGCCCUUUCUCUUUUAUGAUUUGGCUAAACACUGCGGGACAACUUAUCGGAGAGGGUAUUACGCCUGACUGGGAUGACACAAUCGUGUCACUGCUGCAACCAGGCCGUACUCGCUUAGACUCGAUCCUUGUGAGAAUGGCUUUCCAAACAGUUGUGUACACCAUUUGGAGAGAGCGGAACUCUCGACGUCACAGAGGAGAUGCUUACUCGUACUAUUGA